AUGCUGACCACAAGUCCCUCUCUCACCUCUCACCUCAGCCCCUCCUACAAUGAGCCUUUCAUCCAACUCGCGCUCUUAACUGUCAAAGAAGGUCAGGGCGACCUCGCGCAACCGCUGCUAUCCAAAGUACGGCAAUGCGCCGAAUCGGAUCAAGAACCGGGGUGCUUGACGUUUAGGACGUCGAGGGGGUCCAAAGAGGAGGGGAAGGGAGACGAGUUCGUGGUUUAUGAGGAGUACGCGUCAAGGGAGGCGUUGACGGUGCAUAGGGGGCUGGAGGUGAGCUUUUUUCACCAAAGAAGUGUAAGGUUCGGCAGCCACUCGGUAGGUCCAAGCUCAAACCACGGACCGACGGACCGACUUGCCUGACCUCCCUUUCAUUUUCCUGCCUUUGACUGACAACCAUUGUGCAUCCCCUUGUCAUCCUUUCCUGUGUUUAUCGUAUCUCUCCCUAUUGUCCUAGUUCUCCACAAAGAACCACAUUGUCUACCUAGCUCCCUUUCACACCUCCAGAUUCCUUAAAUAG